CACUCGGGUUGGCCUGACCUCAUAUAUAUAAAGGCAGCGUUCCUGGUUCACCUUCACUACAUCUCCAGCUGCUGCAGAGAAAAAAUAUCCAACCAUCUCACCACUUGUUACGACUUCAAACUGCUGUAUUCUAAGGUACGGUAUAUAACCACCAAGAUGCAGACGACAACAACUAUAGCAAUGAUGAUGGUGGUGGUGGUGGUGGUGGUAGUGGGCGCGAGUGAGGCACUACCAGCUAAGACACCUAGAAAACAGAGUCUGGAGAACGCUUUUAGCGACAGAGCCACCGUAGAGGCCAUCAUCGAUUGUUUCUUGAACAAAAAGACAUGUAAUGAGGAGGAGAAGGCGAUCAAGGUACGCGCUAUGGCUACGAUGAGGAACUUGGGAACCUGUCCUCUUACACUCUGCACCCCGCAAGAACAACAAGACAUGACCCGCUCUAUGGAACUCCUCGAGAUGAAACACCCGGACCUGUGGGGAAGACUCAUCGCCUCCAUGAUCCAGAGUAUACUAUUUCAAUGAGUGUGGAUGUGUAAUUAUGUUGUAUUAUAUGAAAAAAAUAAAUAAUAAAAAUUCGUUAUAAAUA